UGUUCGUCACUUGGAUCGGUUGCAUGUCGGUCAUGGGCGAUCCUGAUUCUCAUGGAUUGACACGGACCAUGGGUAAAAACUAAAUUAAAACUAGGUAGGUAAUAAAUGUGUCCGAUCCGACCCAAUUCUGCCUUCUUCGGAAAUCGGAACCUAUUCGAAUCUGCUUGAAUAUUUUUGAAAGCGCCAAAAUCUGAGUGUUCUCAUUGUCGCAUUUUCACAAAUGAGUGGCGGAGUUGGGCUGCGGACAUGGAGCUUAAGGUUCGCUGCCUCUGCAGAAUGCCCUCUCUUCCCAAACCCAGCCUUCUCUUUUACCUGUCGCCGCUGUUGCUCGUCAGUAGCUACCUCUUCCUCCACCUCCACCUCCACCUUAGAUGCGAAGACGAUGAAGAACACUAAGAAGAAUAAGGAGAAGGUCAUAGUCAUCUCUGGACCUACUGGCGCUGGUAAAAGCAGGCUUGCCUUGGAGCUUGCUAAGAGGCUUAAUGGGGAAAUCAUCAGCGCCGACUCUGUCCAGGUAUACCGAGGACUCGAUGUUGGAUCUGCAAAGCCUUCGUUGAGCGAUAGGAAGGAAGUGCCACACCAUUUGAUUGACAUAUUGCACCCAUCUGAAG